CAGCCACCCGCCCAUGGACGCCCGGACCAUGGCUGCCAAGGGACCCGGCUCCCGCACCCGGCUCUGGGCGGCGGCGCUGCUCCUGCUCGGCCUGCCAGGGCUCUCCGUGCGGGCGGAGGGGAAGCUCUUUGUGCUGGAGUCUCAGAAUGGCUCUCAGGGCCUGGAACUAGAGGCCGCUCGGCUUUCCUGCAAGAGCAGAGGCGCUCACCUGGUGUCUGCAGACGAGCUGCGGAGGGUGGUGCAGGACUGUGCUUUCUCCGUGUGCACCACGGGCUGGCUGGCGGACGGCAGCCUGGGGACAACCAUGUGUAGCAAGGGGAGUGGUGAACAGCAAAUCAUGAGAGCUGUCGAUGUGAGAAUUGAAAGCAACCCAGUUCCUGGUGGCACAUACAAUGCCCUGUGUAUUAAGGAUGAAGAGAAGCCGUGUGGAGACCCACCUUCCUUCCCACACACCAUCCUGCAGGGCCACACGGGCUUGGAGAUGGGAGAUGAGCUGCUGUACCUUUGUGCCCCCGGCCACGUGACGGGCCGGCGCGAAACAGCCUUCACCUUGCUGUGCAACAGCUGCGGGGAGUGGUAUGGCCUGGUCCAGGCCUGCGGGAAAGACGAGGGUGAGGUACAUAUUGACUAUGAAGAUAAUUUUCCUGAUGACAGAUCUGUGUCAUUCAGAGAGCUCAUGGAGGAUUCCCGGACAGAGGCAGAGGAGGACAGGGGUCAGGGAGAAGCCUCUGAGGAGGCUCCAAAGCAGGACCAUCUGGUCUCUAUUUCUGUGGGGAGAGAAGACACAGCCCAGCCUACAGCUUUUGCACCAACCACAGGUUUGCCCAGCUCUGGGAGCGGUGUCCCCACAGACCUGCCAGGAUCCCAACAAAACCAGAAGUACAUAUUCUGGUUUCCUGAUGAGACCUUCCACAAGCCUGAGUUGGAAAAGGAGAUGGACGAGGACACCAAAAAGCAGUUUCCUGCUGGAGACAACCACAGUGGCACCACAUUGGCCCCAGGUGAGCCAGAAACUAGGGUCAUCUACAGCAGCACUGAUGAUCCCUUGGGGCCAUUUGUGGGCAGAAAUGACAGCAAGGCAGGUGACCCAAUGGUGAGCAGCAGCGACGAGUCCUGGUUAGAUGGCUACCCUGUGACCGAUGGGGCUUGGAGGAAGACAGAGGCAGAAGAGGAGGAAGAGGAGGACAAGGGCAAUCGAUCAGUAGGGCUGGAAGAAACCAUCCUAGUUACACCCAAUCAGCCUGCUCUUGUGGAAGUUAAGAAGCCCGGGAGUACCACCCUCACACUCAGUGAGGACACAACCCACCGUUCAGUUCUUCCAACUCAAACUCUAGAUGUAGAAGCUUUGGCUGUCAGACCCAUGAGUGUGUCUGAAACUGUGAGUCCCAGCAAGGCGGAUGGUGACUUGACCAGGGACCAGUCAACUGUUCCUUGGAGAUAUGCCACAGAGAAGCCUCCCAUGUCCACCCUACCCUAUGAGCUCACCAGCUCUAUCCUGGAGACGGUGACAACCGCCAUCCAAAAGACUUCGAACCUCAUUCCCUCAACUGUCAUGGCGGCCACCCAGACUCCAAUGGAAAUCACUGCCCCUGAGGUCCAGGAUACCUUUCCAUACCUGCUCUCUGAGGACUUCCUGGGACAGGAAGUCCCCGGCCCAGGUGCAAGCGAGGAGCUUCUUCCAACCUUGGAGCCCUGCGUAGGGGAUAAGUGUCCCAGCCUCAGCAGAGGCCCCAUCAUUGCCACCAUUGUCACGGUCCUGUGCCUGCUGCUGUUCCUGGCAGGCAUGGGGGCCGUGUGGGGUUACCGCAGGUGCCAGCACAAGACCUCCGUGUACAAGCUGAAUGUUGGCCAGCGGCAGGUUGGUCACUACCACCAGCAGAUUGAGAUGGAGAAGGUCUAGCCACCUUGGGGGGCUCACCCGAAGCCCCUUGAGAGGAAGAUAAACUGUGACAUAUCACAUUGAGAAACACUGACAAUUCA